AUGGAGAAGAAGUUAAUGAUAAAGAAGAAAGUAUGGAUGGGGAAGAAGUUUGGGAUGGAGAAGAAGUUUGGAAUGGAGAAGAAUCUACUAAUUAAGGAAGCAGAACAAGUUAAGGAGGAUGGAGAAGAAGUUAGGGAAGGAGAAAAAGUGAAGAAUGAAGAACAAGUUAGGGAAGGAGAAGAAGUUAAGGAUGGAGAACAAGUUAGGGAAGGAGAAGAAGAAGUUAAGGAUGGAGAAGUAGUUUGGGAUGGGGAAGAAGUGAAGGAAGGAGAAGAAGUUAAGGAAGAAGAAGAAGAAGAAGAAGAAGUUUUGGAUGGAGAAGAAGUUAAGGGUAAAGAAGAAAGCAUGGAUGGGGAAGAAGUUUGGGAUGGAGGAGAAGUUUGGAAUGGAGGAGAAGAACCAAAGUAUGGACAAGAAGUUAAGGAAGAAGAACUUUAG